AUGACAGAAAAUGACUACUCUGCCGACCAAUCCCAAAUCCUCCAAUCAUCACUAGCUCAGCUCGACGCAUUCCAAGAUAUCGAUGUUCGCUUGGAAAUUCGAGAAGAUCAGAUAAAGCUGAUAUUGGAAACUGAAACACCUCUAAAGUCUGGCACAAUUGAAGUGAGAAAUGUUUGGAUUGCCUACAGACCAACCGACAAUGGAUGCUUGAUUGAGAAUAAUGACCAACAAGAGUUUGUGGACCGCCUGGAAUUUUUUGAUGUCUCCGUUUUGCACUUGGAGCAUGCCCUUGGUACUAUGGAUGUGCUCAAGAAAUUCUCAGUGAUUUCGGUUAAAAAAUCUCAAGAUGAACCAACUCCCAGUGUCCAGGAUCUUCAAACAAAUGCAAUAUUUUUAGAGAACCUGAACCGAAUGCUAACAUCCCGGCAGAAACCACUAAACGCUUUCGCUUUUGAAGUAAACUUAUGGCAAGAACCAUUCAACAAUCACGCUGCAAUUAUGAUGUCCCACCUCAACUCCAACUUGCUCAAUACUAUAAUUCUGAGCACCCCAAUCCCGGGAACUCAUCUGAAACUGGACGCUAUUGUUACCUUGGAGCAGUGGCUCAAUGGAAAGGAGGUUAAAAUGAACAACCUUUCCACUGACUUGAAAUUUGAUGCCUUUUUUCAUUUUGCAAAAGUUAGCACUGGAAUGUACCCAAAUACUUAUAGCGAGCUGACUUUGCUGAAAAACCAUUUCCUAAACCACGAAACACCAGAGUACUUUGAAUUGAACUACCCUGAAAGUUUCAAUAACAGACGUGUAGUGAAAACAAGCGAGUUGUUCGGAAAGCUCUUCCAUGUCAAGCUCCAGCCAAAUGGCGAGCUGUACAGCAAGAAAUGGUACUUUCCGGUGGGAGAUGGCGAAGAAUUUUAUGUUCUUGUGAAAUAUCGUCCGAAACGGAAAAACGGGACGCAGUUUGUGUUCAGGCGAGUUAAGGCAGCGGACAAGCCACCGGAUCCAGAAGUUGGCAAUGAAGAUCAGAACCGUGUUCCAACAGAUCCAAUAAUCACCCGAUCAGCCAUCCUUCCGCCUAUCAAAACUGAAAUAGAAAACGCGGAAGAUCAUGCCCUCGCCUUGAUGAUCCACGAGAGCCAAAUAAUGAUCGAUAUGAUUCUAGCAGCGGUGCCAAAUUAUAUUCGAAGAGCAGUUACCACGCAAACAAUGAACGAGACUAAAAAUAUAAGAAUAUCAUACAAGCCAAGAGGAGAUUGGUGUAUUAUUGACAGCGAUCAAAAGCAGGAAGUUUCACAGUCACCCGUUUGCAAAGUCUCAGUAUUACACCUUGAAUACCUGUUGAGAUCUAUACCAGUUCUUUGGAGCUUCUCGAUUGCCUCUAUCACAAAUCUGGAGCUCGAUGGAUCCAAUGAGAUCCUACUUCAAAUCCACAAAACCUUGCUAGACACCGUCGAAACAAUGCUCAGAGAGAGAAGCUCUAAACUUAAAGUUAAUACGUUUGUAGUCACACUGUCUGAAAAACCAAUCAAUGAGCAUCUGCCAGGAAUCAUGGCUUGUCUGGAGCCUCGAGUUCUAAAGGAAAUAAUUUUGACGGGCGAUAAAGGUGAGCUUCAUUGUGAUGGCCUAGUGAACUUGGAGCAGUGGAAGAAUGCAUCUUUAUUGUCCAUCAACAAUUUUUAUGUGAAAGCUGCAAUUUCGAAUUUCCUGCAUUUUCAAGAAGUACGAGUAACCUUCGCAAAGUUAACUUACGAUGAUUUGAUUAUGUUAAAGGAGCACUUCCUCGUCAACGAAAAGCCUUCUACUUUUGAGCUCAACUUCAACCGAUAUGCGAAAACCUCUGAAAUUUCAAAUGACACCAACAACGUUGAACCACACGAGGUGUUUGGGGAAACGGAGCAUGUUGAAUACAAGAACGGCGAAGAGCUUUACAGAAAGAUCUGGUAUUUUCCACAUGAGGUUCAUACUUCGUAUGAUCUUCGGAUUGAAUACUGUAAUACAAAGGAUUAUACGUUUCAAUUUGGAUUUGUGGAGGCAGAGGUAAAUCCACAACACGUAAACUCUGACUUCAACUUGCUAUCUCUCAUAUCGACUAACUAUCAAGCUAUGAAAAGUAUCAUAGAAAAGUGCUCCUUUGUCACAAUCUUGUCGCUUCGAAAAGUUUGUAAAAACCUCCGCAAUUUCAUCGACACCGCACAUUUUGACUUCCCCGAACGGAAUAUUUGGAUAACUUUUGAUGGAAAAGAUUCAAUGCUCGAAAUAAUAACCCCCGAGGGGAAAACAUCCCUUACCUAUAAAAAAAAUCCGAUCGGCUGCAAACUUCUUGCAUAUCCGCCAAUACCUUACGGUUCUGAUUUCAUUGCAACUCGGAUGAUGCCAGACAAUACACCGUUAGACUGUUGUAUGAGUGACUUGAAACAAAUUCUGAAGCAUCAGAAAACCCCCAUCAGCAAACUCGCUUUCACCCUGCGUUCUAUAGAUGAUGAGUACAUUCAUAAGCUGAAGGAAAUUCUGAAGGCUCACGAAACUCCACUAAAAGUCAAGUGCAUUGUCAUGCUGGGCGUUGAUCUACCGAUCAUAAGAAGGAUCCUGUCUUAUUUGGAUAAAAAUGAGCUGAAAAUGAUUUUCUUGAACUAUGACGCAUAUAGUAGAGUUGAGGAAGAGGAGCUUGACACUACUAAACUUGUGGAAUUGGAUCAAUGGAAAAUGGCAGAAGAGCUUCGGGUCCUUGACUGCGGACUUUCAUUUUCCGUCGAAAAUAUCGGGCAUUUUCUGAAAGUUGAAGUCACUUUACGCACAAUUUCCGUUGAAGACUUGGUUUAUCUAAAGGAGAUCUUCAAAACCUCAUCCGCCAAUCGAAAUUUCAACAUUAAAUCCAGGUCAUUCGAUGCAGGAGAUUUGGUGCCAACUCUUGGUGCAUCGUCUAGUGACACCAAAGAAGGUGUCAUACAUAAAAAGUGGUUUUUUAAAAUGAAAAUAGACAGACAGAGAGCAGUUUGUAUAGAUUAUCUAGAGCGUAUCGCAGGAGAAAGGGAGAUCACAGUCUUUGUGUUUUCCCAUGUCGAGAUUUCCGAUGUUCCAGCAAAUACGCUACGUUGGGAGCAAUAA